AUGAAUAAAAAAAAUUUAGGAUGGGACAUUGAAGAACACUAAUACUUGGAUAGUUUAAUACCUGGCAAUUUACCAAGAAUCGACAAAAGACAUUAAGAGAACAAGAACCAUAGAAUUAAGUCAAUUCUAGAUUCGAAAAUUAUUAUCUGUUCUUCUUCUGUUUAACCUAACCAAAAUAAGAAAUCAAUGUAAAUAAGCACUUAAACCACCCAAACUGCAUUUCAAAAUACACUUACUUAAAGUUUCUAUAGUCCCAUGGCUUUAACAAAUUAUCAUGCUUUAAGAUAUCCUCCAUUACAAGAUGUUAUUCAUAAGUCUUUUAAAAAUUCAUAAGGACCAUUAAAAAGAAGGAAAUAUAGAUGUAGCAUAAUUAAUCUGAGUCAACCAUCAAUUUAAAGUCCAUAAGCAAACAAUAAGUUGUACAAUAUCAAUAAAUAUUUAUAAUAAAAAUAUUCAUGCAUCAACUAUUUUUGA